AUGGGACCAGGAGGACCCGGAGGUGGAGGAGGACCAGGAGGUGGAGGAGGAUGGGGUCCGGGAGGUGGAGGAGGACCCGGAGGUGGAUGGGGUCCGGGAGGUGGAGGAGGACCCGGAGGAGGAUGGGGUCCGGGACCAGGAGGACCAGGAGGAUGGGGUCCGGGACAAGGAUGGGGUCCGGGACUUGGAGGACCUGGUUUUUUCGGUGGCGGAGGACCUGGUUUUUUCGGUGGCUUCUGUGACAUCAUAGGUUCUUGCUUGAGCUGCCUGUGCUGUUGCUGGCUAAUACGAGACUGCUUUGGGGGUGGUCCAUUUGGCCCGCCUGGACCGCCUGGACAAUUUGGACGAUGA